AAAUGUUACAUCAGGCCACAACAGGACAUCGAAAGAAGGUACAGAGCGAUCUGGUGUGAAAAAACUCACAAAACAUAGUUUACCGGUCCUUCAUAUUCGCAAUCUGGGUACAAAGCAGUAGUUCGCUCAGCUAUACGGCAUCCUUGAGAUAACGAUACAGCUGGAAUACUAAAACGCAAUCCAGUAUAUGAACGCGGGUUGAAUUUUUAAUAUGACGGAUAUGAAAUACCUCAACUUGAUAUUCCUGUUUGUUGUGAAUAUAUGUUUCUUCUUGUCAGGAAUAUGUUUAAAUUCCUUGGUCAUAAUCAGUUUCUGGAGAUCAGCGCAGCUUCGAAAGAAAUUGUGUUAUUUCAUGAUCAUGGUUUUGUCCUGUUGCGAUUUGUUUUCGGCGUUCACAAAUCAUUCGUUUGUGGCUUAUAUUGUGAUAUUUUGGUUGACCGGAAAUAGAAAUGAUAUUGGGGUUAGCUGGACCAACAAUGUUGAAGCGCUAACAGCUGUUUUCUUAGGUCCUUCCAUACUCGCUCUUCUGGUGAUGAAUUUUGAUCGAUAUUUAGCGACAUAUCAUCCAAUCUUUCAUCGAACAUCUGUAACGAAGGGAAAACUUUUAACUCUCUUUGCGAUACUGCUUUUUCUCCUACUCGUUUUGAUACUGGUGACUUUAAACUCUGUUAUCCCCCUCCAUGUUGCUGUCCUCACCUUUUUCAUUACUUUCGCUCCGCCGAUGUUGUUCAUGAACUACAAGCUGUUUAUAAUCGCGAAGAAAAGUCGUGCACAUAGACGAAUAUCGCCCGAUAGAAGAAACACGUCGUCUUUAAAAGACAUAUCGAGUUGCUUGCUAGCAGUCGCUUGUUUCGUAGCGCUGUCCACUCCAGUAUUUGUCUACUGUGGAUUAAGUAUGAAUUCGAAGAUGAAGAUGAAUACUUUUGAUGGAGCACAGCUGCCUGGGAAGUGGGCAAGGACCAUUGGCUCAAUGAAUGCUACAUUUAACUGCUUGAUCUUUUACUGGAAAGACAAGAUUUUACGCACCGAGGGAAUGAAAGUUAUUAAGAGCAUAAAAAUCUGUUGAAAAUGACAGUCUAAACGUUGUUACCGUUGCUAUGCAAUUAACGCUUACAGCUGAAAUGUGC